UCCAAAUUAGAAGCCGACGAUUGGCGGGAAACAAAACAAAAGGGAAAGAGGUGACGUUGUAAAACGACCUUUGUACCCAAACAAAACCGAUUGUUUUGUUGGUGUCGCGGUAAUUUAAUAACGCGAGCUCACUUAAAAACAACACUGCACUAUACGUACCUUGUAAUGCAGGAGUAAUAGACUGUACAUUUAUGCAGGAUCCAAGUAUCCAUACGCAAGCGAUGAUCCAAAUCUGGCUCGAAUUGACCAAUGUUUAGCUCAGAGGGGCUCCGCCGAUGGGAGUGAAACGCCGAAUGCCUCGAGCAGUGGACCGUAGGGGGGAAAUAUAAAAAAUAAAACAAGACUUUUUCUUAUUAUAAGUCAACUAUUUAUUGCUAGUUUGGUUGGUGGGUAACAAUAUUACCUUUGGCAACAAUAUGCCUCUCUAUGCACAACGAUAUGUGCUGCAAACGAUAUUGCGAGUGUUGUCUGUCCGAAUGACAGCGAAAUACUACUUGAUGUCUAAAGGAGGCGGCAUAGCAAGUGACAACUAAUUACUCGUUAAAAUGUCAAAGGCGCUAGCACAAGGUUGCAAUAAACCGUAGCGCGUACAUUUUAACGAAUAAUUAAGGACCAAACCAGGGGUCAAUAAAAAGCAAUAUUUAACGCAAUUCUAAAUUAAACAAGCAAUCUUUGAUAAACACCACAGUUGCAUUCUUCCCUUGAAAAUUUUCUUGAAAAAUUCUGUCUGUAUGACCGAAAAUGUUAAUUUCGAGCUUGUGCAGCCUCUUCCGACAAUUGAUCGAUUGGAAGCAGUACAUUAUCUAUUAUCAUUAUCUAUGAUGGUGACUCCAUGUAAUAGUGAUUUAUGCAUUGAUGGAGUCAUGGGAUGCCAGUCGGAUAAUUCCACAAACAGUUGCGCGGUGUUUAAGGCAUAUUCUUUGAAUUUUGAUGUAUUUAUUUUGUGUCCACUUGAAGUCGCCUCUAAUAAGAUUUUAAAUGGUUAAUGCCUGUUAUGUCCGCCACUAAUCCUGUGUUUUAAAAAAUCUCCUACUCGUAUUGCUAUCAUUGGUAUUAUCAAAAUUGACUUUAGGCAUGCCCACCAACAGCACAGUUUCCACGCGGAAUCUUUCUUGGAUUUCUUUUUUCCUUUCUUCUUCUAAUGCUAUUUCUUCCUGUGUCCUUUUCUUUCCAUAUUUCUUCACGGGCAAUUUAUAUGCCAAAUGCAGAGUGCUUUCAAAAAUACGUAUUUCUGCGUGCAAUACCGAAUUGCCAAACUCAAGAGCACCUUUGGUGGGUAGCACUCUUGUUUUGCUUUCAACAAAAGGUUGUAACAAGGGUAAUGCUUCGGGUUAGUUGCCCUUAUUAUUUCAUAUUGUCGUCUUGUUCGAUCAGCUUCUACGAACAUUUUGAGUGCUUGGGACGGGGUCAAAGGAGCAAUUGUUUCAUUGGUCUUGAAAUAGGCUUUUCUAUACUUACUAGCCUUUGUUUUUGAACUUCCUAUUUCUUUGAGCAAUUUUGAGGCAUUUCUUUGUCCACUCGUUUGCAAUACAACAUUAAAUACAUACAAAAAAUUCGUACACAUUAAAUAUGGUACAAUUCCUAUGUGGACUUGGUCCAAGAAAAGGGCUAGCCUUAAAAAAAAAUUCUUAAACAGACAAAUCAAAGAUUGGAAAACAGAACUCAGUUAAUGACAUUAUGUCACCUAGGUCCCAAAGUAUUUAUAAACUGUUCUGGAUUUAUAAAAAUUGAUACAAGCUCGCUUGGUGAUAGUACAGAAGCAUAUGUGGAGGUUCUUGAUGGAUCUCGAGUACAUCCGGAAAAAUAUGAAUGGGCUCGAAAAAUGGCAAUUGAUGCAAUGGAAUAUGACGACGAAGAAUCCAAUUCCGCCGGCGCGUUAGAAGAAAUUUUAGAAAGCCCCGAAAGACCACAAGAUCUCGAUCUUGAUGCAUUUGCUGUAGAGCUCGAACGACAAGGUUUCGGAAACAAGAGCAUAACACUAUAUGAUAUCAGAUCUGAGUUGAAUUCAUUGUACAAAGACAUCAGAAUUCCAUAUCGCUCAGCAAAUUCUAAAGAACUGUUCGAUAUGUUAACUAAAGAAACACCUGAAUCGUUUUAUGUUGGAAAAAUGGUGUUAGCCACGGUUGCAGGGAUUUCUCAUCGUAAGCCACAAGGAGAACAAUUAGACCAAGCAAAUCCAGUUCAAAAUGAUGAGACCGGUAAUUGGCAAUGUCCUUUUUAUUUAAAAGAGGAUUUUCUAGAAUUAUCGGAAGUUUGGAAUAAUUUCGAUGCUGGUGCUUGUCCUGGCCAAGCUACUGGUGUCAAACUUCGUCUCGACAAUGGUCUGUCGGGUUUUAUACAUAUUAAAAAAUUAUCCGAUUAACACAUUAAAAAUCCUGAAGAAAGAGUUCAGUCCGGUCAAGCAAUACAUGUAAGAAUUAUCAAAAUAGAUGUCGAUCGUUUUUCAGUUGAUUGUUCAUCAAAGAGUUCUGAUCUAAUGGACAAAAAUCACGAAUGGCGACCAAGGCGAGAUCCAUUUUAUGAUUAUGAGCAAGAAGAAGUAGACAACUCUAAAGAAAAAGAUCAGAAACAAGUUAGAACAAAACAACAAUAUGUAAAGCGGGUAAUUAUACAUCCUUCUUUUCAUAACAAAUCUUAUGCCGAAGUUGUAAAAAUAAUGGAAAAUAUGGAUCAGGGCGAAGUAUUUGUUCGACCAUCGAGUAAAGGUUCAGAUCACUUAACUGUAACGUGGAAAGUAAAAAAUUAUAUUUAUCAGCACAUAGAUGUUCGCGAGGAAGGCAAAGAAAACGCCUUCAGUUUAGGCCAAAGGCUAUGGAUUGGAAACGAAGAGUUUGAAGAUUUGGAUGAAAUUAUAGCAAGACAUGUUAAUCCCAUGGCAGCUUGUGCUCGAGAACUACUCACUUAUAAAUACUAUCGUGAUACAGGAGGCGGACAUAAGGACAAGAUGGAAGAGUUAUUGAAAGAAGAAAAAACAAAAGACCCCAGAAAAAUACACUAUUUUAUUUCAGCAUCCACAAAUUAUCCUGGAAAAUUUUUGCUAUCAUACUUACCCAAAAACAAAAGCCGACAUGAAUACAUAACUGUAAUUCCAGAAGGGUUUCGUUUUAGAGGGAAAAUUUUUGAUUCACUAAAUGGCCUACUUAAAUGGUUUAAAGAUCAUUAUUCUGACCCUAUUGUGACAAACACUCCAGUGUCCACUUCCCAGCUUAACUCUUUAUCAAGAAUGAGCAACGCUGGGUAUGAUACGCCCAGAGUAACUGAUUCAAGAACUUCG